AUGAACACGGAAAUGGAAAAUGAGGAUUCCCUCUACCCUAUUGCCGUACUUUUGGACGAGUUGAGAGCUGAAGAUGUAAACUAUCGUUUGAACGCAAUAAGACGCCUUUCCACCAUAGCAUUGGCUUUGGGUGUGGAGAGGACCCGCGACGAAUUAGUACCGUUCCUUGAGGAAUCUAUCGACGAUGAAGAUGAAGUUCUAUUGGCAUUGGCUGAUGAAUUGGGCAAUUUUGUCGAAUACGCAGGCGGUAAAGAGUACGCACAUCUCAUAUUAGGUCCUCUGGAGAAUCUUGCGGCCGUCGAGGAGACACUUGUCAGAGACAAGCAGCAGAUAGAAACUUACUACAUUCCUCUGGUCAAAAGGUUAAGCGAAGGCGAAUGGUUUACCAACCGCACUAGUGCCUGUGGUUUAUACGCUACUGCAUAUAAAAACGCUACUGUUGCUACGCAAAUCGAAUUGCGAACUGCAUUCAAAAGAUUCUGUUCAGACGAUACGCCAAUGGUUCGACGAGCCGCUGCUAAGAAUUUGGCGGCAAUGGCUAAAGAAAUUUCCAAAGAGCAUAUCAUCAGCGAUAUUAUCCCAACAUUUAUAAAACUCUCCCAAGACGAGCAAGAUUCCGUGCGAGUGCUGACUGUCGAAGACUUGAUUUCUAUCGCAGAAACGCUGUCGUUGGAUGAGAUAAAAACCUAUCUUCUUACACCUCUUAGAAGUAUGGUUUCCGAUAAGAGUUGGAGAGUGAGAUAUAUGAUUGCCGAAAAUUUUGUGAGGAUAACGAAAGCAGUUGGAGAAGAAAUCAUCCGUGAUGAACUAGUACUGGCGUUUGUUCGGUUGAUGAAAGAUAACGAAGCUGAAGUCAAAACUGCCGCGUCCAGUCAAGUGCCAGGAUUUGCUCAAUAUAUCGACAAGCAAACGAUUUUGAUACAUAUUAUGCCAUGCGUCAAGGAAUUGGUCACAGAUACAUCGCAGCAUGUGCGUGCGAGCUUAGCAACACAGAUCAGUGGUUUGGCACCGAUUUUGGGUAAAGAAGCCACUACCGAACAUUUGUUACCACUGUUCUUGCAAUUGCUCAAAGAUGAAUCACCCGACGUGAGACUCAACAUUAUAUCCAAAUUGGAGCAAAGUCUUCUACCUGCUAUCGUUGAACUGGCCGAGGACAAACAGUGGCGCGUUCGCCUCGCCAUCAUUGACUACAUUCCUCUACUCGCUAGCCAAUUGGGUGUUUCGUUCUUUGAUGAAAAGUUGGGCAGUCUCUGCAUGUCCUGGCUGCGUGAUCACGUUUAUUCAAUCCGCGAAGCCGCCACCAUGAAUUUGAAAAAGUUGACUGAGGUAUUCGGUGUUGAUUGGGCCAAGAAUACCAUUAUACCUAAAGUGUUGUCUAUGGGAAGUCAUCCUAAUUACUUGUAUAGGAUGACAACUAUCUUUGCUAUUACGACUAUGGCGCCAGCAGUAACCCCAGAAGUAAUCAGAGACUACAUCCUUCCCACAGUCAAUAACCUUGUGACGGAUCCAAUUCCGAACAUUCGUUUCAAUGUUGCGAAAUCUUAUGAAGUGCUAAUACCGGUUCUUAAACAAAGUCAAGAAACAGGAAUUCUGCUGGAUACACAAGUAAAACCUGCGUUGGAUAAACUAAAAGAAGAUAUGGACGCCGAUGUCAAAUACUUUGCUGAACGAGCGUUCCUUGCAGAGUCUGAGCGUUCUUUAUUAGACACUUAUGGUAAACGCUGA